CGCAAGAUGGGUAAAGGAUGGGCACAUAUCACGCAAUCUGUAGUACGACCACAUGCAAUGCCCUCGGUCUGAGCUAUAUAGCUGGCAAAAUGCACACUGACGUAGGCCUUCUUCUACUCAAACAACACAACUUCGAUCAGAGUAUCUAUUCCAAGUCAUUUCGCAGGGCUACGGACAAUGGCUGGCACCAAUGGCACCACGAGUAAUGAGCAUGGCAAUGCAAAAGACGUUUCCUACCGUGACCCGGCAGUCUACGCAGAAUACGAGAAGAAAUGGACGGCACUUCCGCAGGAUGAGGCGGGCUGGCUCCGUCGGGCUCAGGAAGUAGCCGAUGUCCUGGCAGUCGAUGCAGUCGUCAGGGACGCAGAGAACAAGUCACCGCGGGCAGAGGUUGCUCUGCUGAAGUAUGCUGGCCUACUCAAGGUCCUUGGCCCAAAGAAGUACGGUGGUGGUGGUGAGCCCUGGAGCGUGGGGUACAAGCUCAUCCGCAAGGUCGCCGAAGCAGACGGAUCGAUUGGCAUGCUCCUCGGCUACCAUCUCCUGUGGUCCACUACAGCUGAUGUUGUUGGAUCGGCUGAGCAAGCAGACCGCUUCCAGAAGCUGAUUAUCGAGAACAACUACUUUAUUGGCGGCGCUGUCAAUCCCAGAGAUAGCGAUCUCUCCAUUUCAUCCGAUGGCGACAAGAUCGUGUUCAAUGGCUUCAAGCACUUCAACACAGGGGGCGUUAUUUCCGAUCUCACUGUUUUGGAAGGCGUGUAUGAAGGAACCGACCAUCACAUCUUCGCGUUUGCGGCAACAGACCAGCCCGGCAUUCAAUUCUCACACAACUGGAAUAAUAUUGGGCUCCGGUUGACCGAGUCUGGCAGCGUGAAGAUCUCCAACGUGGCCGUGCCGUGGACCGAUGCAUUGGGCUGGAACGUCGCGGAGAAGAAGCCAGAUGCAGCAGCUCUCCAGAUUCCCUUUGCAUCGCUGCUCCUGCCAAGCAUUCAGCUCGUUUUCAGCAACUUUUAUCUCGGAAUUGCUCUUGGUGCGCAAGACUACGCGUCCAAGUAUACGCUGAAGGGUACGCGAGCAUGGCCGUAUGGUGGAGAUAACAAGGACAAGGCCACGGAGGAAUUCUACAUCCUCGAGCGCUAUGGCAACUUUCACGCUCAUCUACGCGCCGCUGUAGCCCUAGCGGAUCGCGCAGGCGAGCAGGCCAACGACAUCUACAAGAAAUACUCGGGCGAUCUAGCCACUCGGGCGAAGCUGACAGCUCGCGAGCGUGGAGAGUUUGCCGAGUGGGUGGCCAGCACCAAAGUGGUGACUACUGACACUGGUCUGCGUGUGACGGCGGGAGUGUUUGAGGUAACGGGAGCCAAAGCCACGAGCCAGGGGGUUGGGCUCGAUCGCUUCUGGAGAGAUGUGCGUACACACACGCUGCACGAUCCUGUGUCGUAUAAGAAUCGGGAGCUGGGGAGAUUUCAGUUACUGGAUGAGAUACCUGAGCCCACGUGGUAUACGUAGAUGAGUAUACCGAACACGCUUCAGCAUCAUCAGUGGGGACAUGAUCAUUUCCCAUCGUAUCUCCUUUGCAAUAGACGGUGUUGUGUAUCGGAUUUCAAGUAAAUACAUAUACCUGGAAUGAGAGGCGUUCCCAACUAGAAGACUGAUGUUCUCCUGGGAACGAUUGGUGACGCGUCGUGCAAACAGUCGUUCGAAGCCAGGUGGGGCGGGCCCAGUUUUGUAGUGGUAGCGAAAAUGAG